CCGCACACCAGAAGGAGAGCGUCCAGAGAGAGCCCCGCCGCUGCCGCUGCGCUCGCUCGCCAGCCUCUCCCUGCGCCUCCAGGACGCCGAAGAGUUUCGCCCCGGCUCUGCUGCCCAAGUGCCGCGCGCGCCGCUCGAGCGUCUCCAUCUCUCUCCGUCUCUCUCUCUCUCACCGUGGGCAGCGAGAGGGAGGCAUGGCUGGCUGCGGGCUCUCCGAAGAUGCCGCCUUCUCCCUCUCCACCUCCUCCUCCACCGCCGCCGCCACCUCCUCCUGCUCCUCCUUCUGCAACCUCGCCGCCUCUUGGGAAGCCCCCUUCAGCCACCAGCCUCUUUCCAGUGCUGACCUCCCGAUGAAGGAAUGCAACAUUCUUUUCAACAGUGCACAGUGUGCUGCUCUGGUUGGUGAAGACCAUCCUCUUUGCCCAGAACUUCCAGAACUUGACCUCUCUGAAUUAGAUGUGAAUGACUUGGAUGCCGACAGCUUUCUGGGAGGACUCAAGUGGUACAGUGACCAAUCGGAAAUCAUUUCCAAUCAGUAUGCCAAUGAAUCAUCAAACAUCUUUGAGAAGAUAGACGAAGAGAAUGAGGCAAAUUUGCUAGCAGUUCUCACAGAGACAUUGGACAGCAUCCCUGUGGAUGAGGAUGGACUGCCUUCAUUUGAUGCCCUGACGGAUGGAGAUGUGACCAACGAAAACGAUGCCAGCCCUUCGCCGAUGCCCGACGGCACCCCUCCACCUCUGGAGGCAGAAGAGCCGUCUCUACUUAAGAAACUCUUGUUGGCGCCAGCUAACACCCAGCUAAAUUACAAUGAAUGCAGUGGCCUCAGCACACACAACCAUGCAAACCAUGCCAAUCACAGGAUCAGAACAAGCCCUGUGGUGGUUAAGACUGAGAAUUCAUGGAGCAAUAAAGCGAAGAGCAUUUGUCAACCACAAAAGCCACAAAGACGCCCCUGCUCAGAGCUUCUCAAGUAUCUGACUACAAACGAUGACCCUCCUCAGACCAAACCAACAGAGAACAGGAGCAGCAACAGAGACAAAUUCACCUCUAAAAAGAAGGCGCUUUUGCACUCUCAGACGCAUCAUUUGCAAGCCAAACCAAUGAGUUUAUCGCUUCCUUUGACGCCCGAGUCACCAAAUGAUCCCAAGGGUUCCCCAUUUGAGAACAAGACUAUUGAACAAACUUUAAGUGUGGAACUCUCUGGAACUGCAGGCCUAACUCCGCCUACAACCCCUCCUCACAAAGCCAACCAAGACAACCCUUUUCGGACUUCACCAAAGCCAAAGUCGUCAUGCAAGACUGUUAUGCCACCUUCCAAAAAACCGCGCUGCAGUGAGUCUUCCAGCUCUCAAGGACAUAACUUAGUUCGGAAGGGUCCGGAACAGUCAGAGCUGUAUGCGCAGCUUAGUAAAACAACUGUGCUGUCUGUCGGUCAUGAGGAGAGGAAGACAAAGCGGCCUGGUUUGCGGCUGUUUGGUGACCAUGACUACUGUCAGUCUGUUAAUUCGAAAACAGAAAUACGCAUCAACAUAUCCCAGGAGCUUGAGGAGUCCAGACAAGUCCAAUUGAAAGGCUGCUUGCCUGAGCGGUGGUGCCAUAUUUGUUCUUCUUUCGAACAAUGUGACCAGUACAAGAGAGAGACUUCACAGGCGAACAGGCAGGAUUUGCAGUGCAACAGCCGGAAACAGCUCCAAGACCAGGAAAUCCGGGCCGAACUCAAUAAGCAUUUUGGUCACCCUAGCCAAGCUGUUUUUGAGGAGGAAACCAUUAAAACCAGUGCACUGAGGGACAACGGCAAUUAUAGUGACGAACAAUUCUCCAAGCUACCUAUGUUUAUAAAUUCAGGACUAACAAUGGAAGGUCUUUUCGAUGACAGCGAAGAUGAAAGUGACAAACUGUGCUGCUCGUGGGAUGGGACGCAAGCCUACUCCUUGUUUGACCUGUCGGCUUCUUGCUCAUCUCUUAACUCUCCAUGCAGAGAUUCAGUGUCUCCACCCAAAUCCUUCCUUUCUCAAAGAUUCCAAAGGAUCCGUUCUCGAUCAAGGUCCUUUCCUCAGCACCGGUCUUGUUCCCGUUCUCCAUAUUCCCGAUCGAGAUCAAGGUCGCCGUGCAGCAGAUCCUCCUCCAGAUCUUCCUACUAUCAUGAGUCCAGUCACUGUAGACCCCUGGCAUAUAGAAGUUCUCCCUUGUAUUCAAGAUCCCGAUCCAGAUCGCCAUAUAGCCAUAGACCCAGAUAUGACAGCUAUGAGGAGUAUCAGCAUGAAAGGCUGAAGAGGGAAGAAUACCGCAAAGAAUAUGAAAAACGGGAAACUGAAAGGGCCAAACAAAGAGAGAGACAGAGGCAGAAAGCAAUUGAAGAACGACGUGUAAUUUAUGUGGGCAAAAUUGGGCCUGACACGACCCGAACAGAACUGAGAGACCGGUUUGAAGUUUUUGGUGAAAUUGAGGAGUGCACCGUAAAUCUACAGGAUGAUGGAGAUAGCUAUGGUUUCAUCACUUACCGCUACACUUGUGAUGCCUUUGCCGCUCUAGAAAAUGGGUACACACUGCGCAGAGCCAACGAACCUGACUUCGAACUGUAUUUUUGUGGACAAAAGCAAUUUUGCAAGUCUAACUAUGCAGACCUAGAUUCAAACUCAGACGAUUUUGAUCCUGCUUCUACUAAGAGCAAGUAUGACUCCAUGGAUUUUGACAGCUUACUCAAAGAGGCACAGCGAAGCUUGCGGAGGUAACGUGCAUCGUGGCCAAGGAAAAUGGAGGGAUGGCGAAUACCUCAUGGACGUCAAGUCCUUCAAUAACGAACAAUGAAGAAUUCACGCUUACAAAUUUCUCCCUAACUCCACACACUCUCCAUAUACAAAAACAUAGUUUACAUGGACAGCUGCUUAAGGAAUGAAGAGGCAAAAUGGGUCUGAAGUGAGCAAUUGUGUACUUCCAAGUCUCAACUUUGCUUUUCCAGGGUGAAGAGGGCGAGGGUUUUGAUCUUUGUAGAGUGCCAAGCGAGAACCAUUUGACAUGGCAGCAGUUCCAUAGAGAUAACCUUUUAAAAAAAAUAUAUGCGAACUCUGAAAUUGUGUACAUAGAACAUUUUCAAAAUGAAGCAAAUUCAAACUUCCGCUGCUGACAACCUGAGACACACUGCAGGUUUUGGGAUUUUGUUUGUUUGUUUGUUUCAUUCAAGAAGCUUCUUCUCACGCCAUGUUGUUUUAAAAUGACGACAAUCCUGAAGAAAUCUACAGAUCCACAAGGUCCGCCAUCUUUCAUUGUGCUUCUCUCACGAAGGCAAGGGAAGGGCAGAAAAUGGUGGAAGGAUUCAAAACUUCCAUAGCGUUUUAAAGUUCUGUCUUUUUAAUUGUGACAUCCAUGUCAGCGUCCAAAACAUUUACGUAGAGAAAUUUCGAGACCCUCAUUAACAGCCAGCUUCUUGGGUGGUUUUUCUCCCUUCGAUGAGCCGACAUGGUAUUACGCUACAAAAACAUUGAGGGCAAAUCUUCAGGGGGCGGGUUGGAGGGGUGGUGGAUGUACAGUUAGAUUAUAUACUACAUUCAUGAAUGUAGUUAAGUAUUUACAGAUGUUAAAUGGAGUAUUUUUAUUUUGUGUACAUACCGUAUGACAAGACGAUGCUUCUUUUUGUUACAGCUAUGCACUGUAAAUGCAGCGUUCUUUUAAGAAGGAGAGGGGGAAAAACUGCUGAAAUUUUUCUUAAUCAAGAAUAUUCAAAUGUAAUUAUAUGGGGCAGAACAAUAUUGUACACUAACAUAUUUAGAAAGCUGAACUUAACGCUUAUAUAUAUUUGAUUGUAAAAGAAAAAGAAAAGUGUGUGUGGGUGCGUGUUGAGUGCAAAAAUAUUGAUGCUAUACGCACAUCAUCCAUCCCCUCUUUGAUUAGCUUAUCUAAUAACAUUGACCAGAAUUCAGCCAAAGUUAAAAACAAAAGUUAUCGAUUAGCUAGACUGGCGUAAUUGUGUCUGUCCUUUGCCAUGCCACAAAAUGUCUACCCAUGGUAUUUCGCAGUAUGCCAGUGUAAGGAUCUGGAUAUAUAUUUCCAUAUAUUUGUAUUACAUUUGAUAUUAAAGCCCUGGGACCUCCAGAUAGAUGUCCUAUAUAGGACAUAGAAUCAAGGAGGAGGUUGCAACUCUUAGCAGAGAAGCAACCAGCAGGAGUUUGCCUCUCUGCAUCUCUAAGUCCUAUUCAUUUCAUUGGAGGAGUUGGGCGCACACUUAAAUCUCUCAGUUGAGUUUGGUUGAGACUGCAGUCCUAUCCAUACUUAAUUGCACUGCAAAAGUACUUAACUUUGGCUGGAUCAUACCUUUGUCAAGAACUUAACCUUGGGCAACAAGGCAUUAACCUCCUUUGCAAUAUUUUUUCCCACAUUUUUUGGGGGUGCCUCUUUCUUUAGCUGUUUUAUAUAAACAAAAUUUAUUAAUGGGGGCGGGGCGGGAUAUUUUUCUCAUUUAAAAGUUUUUUCUAGGAGAUGCCAUAAUUUUAUGUGAAGCUUCUCAAAUGGGAAAUCAUUAAGAAGUGUUUUAUUUUAUGUAUCGAUGAUAGUUUUGGAACUAGAAGUCACAAAUCUUUUUAAAAAUGAUACUUUGUUUUAAUCGUUGUGACUUUAAUUUGAUAAAGAAAAUUUGCUGUGGUACAGAGCACAGUUAUGGUUUUUACAAUAAUCCUGUGUGUCUGAACACUGUUCUUGAAGCCAGUAAUCUGUUCAUUGGCAGAGUUCAAUGAUUAUCUAUGAUUUUGAAAUGUACGCAUCCUCUGUAUAAACACUAAUUCUUCAUUCCUUUGUUUACUUAAAGAUGCAUAUUUAUCGGUUGUGAUUAACCUAUUUAUUAUAAAUUAUGAGGUGACUAAAAUAAUAAAAAGGCCAGUGGACAUUUUUAUGUAGGAUGCACACCGGUUGUCAGGUUGCUAAAUGUAUUAUUUUCAUUUGGUGGGGGGGAAUCUAGCUUUUUCUUCCUUCAGAAGCAGUGACUCUUCCUUCUUUUUCUUUAACUAUGCACUAAUAUGGCCUUAGAGGUGCCCAUGACAUUGUGGGAGCCUUCAGAUCGUAUCAGGAUCGUAGAAUCCAUUUGCAAGUUUAUGGGCUGGCACAAUGCAAGCAGCUAAAAUAGACUAACUUGUGCAGCCGUCAUAUGACUGAUGUCUUGUCCAUUCAAGUCAUUCCUGUCAAUUACCCUAUUGGAUUUCAAGUCAAACACCCAUCGCAAGGUUGUUACUCCUUUUAAGUUUGCUCUUUAGGGCUUUCACUGCUUGUUUACAGAAUAAACGAAAAUCUCUCCAGAGAGAUUAUGGCUCUAAGAAUGUAUACAGACCUGCCCAAACCAAACUCUUUAGACGCCACAUGGGCAGACACACUAGUGCACACAGAGAAUCCCAAUAUGGUUCAGUAGAUCCCUGUUUUCCGUCUAGAGAUCCAUAGGCAACCAAAGGGGCUACCGUGGUGGAUGGAAGGCCUUGUGUGCCCGUCCAGCCCUAAGAAAAUGAGUAACUUCAAGUGAAGAGAAUGGAUUCAGUGGGGAUUUGAGAGUCGUUCACAGACCUCCCAUUGACUCAAGUGCUCAUUGUGCCACCCUGCAGUCGAUUAUAGAGCAGCUGUUCUCCACCUGUGGGUCCCCAGAUGUUGUUGGACUACAGCUCCCAUCACCCCUGAGCUCUGGCCUUGCUAACUAGGGGUGAUGGGAGUUGUAGUCCAACAUCAUCUGGGGAACCAGAGGUUGAGAACCGCUGUUAUAGAGGCAGGCAAAAGGGAAAGCAGCGCUCAGUUGAAUUUUAUCUAGAUCUUGUGUACCUGGCUGCUGCAACCACAGAGCCCUUGAACAUGCCCACUCCAUGGUGUGAUGGCAGUGGAGAUGGUGGGCAGCCAUUUGCCUGCUUGAGCCACCCAGUAAGCAUAUAUAGCAGUAGGAAGAAUACACUGCAGUAUUAACUAGGGGUCUUUUGACAAAAUGUUUAGCACUUGGGUAUGAGGAGGUCCUAGAGUUGGAAGGGACCCCGAGGGUCAUCUAGUCCAACCCCCCCAAUGCAAGAAUCUUAUGCACAAUGUGGGGCUUGAACCCUUGACCCUGAUAAUUAAGAGCCCCAUGCUCUACCAACCCAGUUCCUGCUCACAUGCAUAUUCAAGUGGGGAAAGGCACAUUGAAACAUAUCCCAUGUUUUUCAGUACUGAGAUAUUAACACCUCAGCACCAAAAAUAUGGUAAUAACUAGUUGUUACUUAAUCUUGAAAAUGGAAGUGGUUUCUGAAUUGUAAUCAACUUCGUCUACUUUCUACAGUGCACACAGCAUGGGGGAGCCACUUCCCCUUCAUGUGACCUGACAGCUACGAUAGACAUGUGAACGGAACCAUUUGGGUCAGGUUCGUCCCUCGAUUGUCCCCAAGGGAGGCGGGGCAGCCUUGCUUUGGGGGAAGGGGCCACAGGCAGCAAAACAGAACAGGCUCUUUGGUUGCAAAUAAUGUUCCAGGCAUCGUUUCCUGCUGUGGAUUGUGAAACUUGAUUCCAAGCCCCAUUAUCCCUAGUGCAAAAGUGGGGGAUCUCAUUUGUCCUGGAGGAAUGAAUGGGAGUGUGGCAGAGGCAGAAUACUUUGAAAGGAGGGGGGGUUGACCUUUUGGCUGUUCAAAAGCAUUUGAUUCGAUUUGAACAUUUAAAAGUCAACUGGUGGAGAGGAGAGAGCUGGAUAAAAUUCUUCCAUCCUUAUGUUCUACACUUUGAACCUGGUGGCUUCAUUCAAUUACCAUGGCCAGUAGCCACUGAUAGGGUACUGACUAAGAACCUAGGAUCGCUGCUAGAUCGGACAGAAGUCUUGCCUAGUUCAGCUUAGAUUCUGCUUGCCACAGUCAUUAAAAAGGAAUUCCGCAAGCGGGAUGUGAAUGCAAUAGCUGACUUCUGCUCUUGUCCUCCAGUGACUGGUAUGCCAUCCUGGAGCCAUCGCUGGUAGCAAUUGAUAGCCUUAAGUUCCUUCAAUUUGUCCCCUUUUCAAGCUGUCUGGGUUCACGGCCAACACCACACCUUUCAGUAACCAGUUUCAUAGUUUUAACUAUGCACUGUGUGGGGUAGUCUCACAUGGGGUAGGAACUAUCCAUGGGCGAGGCUCUUGCCUACACGGUUCCCGUGCUGAAGGGGACAUGUGUAGUUAUACAUUUGAAACAGGGAUGGUCUCAGUGGAGCACUUACCAUUGUUUGGCAGUGAUUGCUUCUGAAGAUACAACAUACCUACCUAUUUAUUUCCCCCCCCUUCCCUAAAGUACAGGGGAAACGAUUUUGUCCCAUGAUCAGUGCAGCUGAGUCUGACAGUUAUCCUCAUUUUUAUCACCAGCAUAUUGUUUUCCAGUAGAUUCCACUGUGUCCUGUUCUAUGCCUGCUCUUUUCCGUCUUUGUAUUCCUCAGUAGGUAGAUAGCAAUAAAAAGAGAACUUUCUCGCAAGUUCUGUUUCGCACCCUGUCAAUCUGCGUAAUCCUUGCCAUCCAUUGCUUUGUAGGUUGAAGAUACAGGUAUUUUAACUUUUGAUUGUGUGAAUGCCAAACUAAACGUUUACAGCUUUUUUCUUUCUGGAUUUUGAGUGUCUUCUGUUGUAAAGGAAAAAAAAAUUAAAGCAAUAAAUUAUUUUUUAAGAAAUCAAUAUUUAGUAUAUCAUGUGUUCAAGGAGGAGACGCAUUGCCGAUUUUUGCCUUUCAAUUUUAGUGAUUCAAUUUUUAAAUACAUCCUAUUUGGCCCUGGAUUGCUGACAUAAAGAAAAACGUGUGCGUGCUUAUGUUUUCAGGUAGCUGCUAUGUCACAGUUCAGGGUUUCGUUUCUUUCUGGCCUGAUAAGUAUCUUGUUCUUGAAGAUGGUUCUUCCUUUGCCGGUAUCAAAGCACAUAUGGAAUUAAUGUGAUUGUGUGGUUGGAGAGCAAUCUGGUCCAAUCUCUGCAUAGGAAGCACGCUGCCAUACACAAAUCUCUUGUUGAACAGGGAACUGCAGGUGCCUGUCAGAUGCCUAUCUCAAUUCAGAUACCAUCUCUCCUCAUUGCAUUCACAUCCACAUUUCUGGCGCAAAUAGUCAUGCAUAACUGCAAGCAACUACAGGUCGGGACAUAUAUUGUUGGACAAUCUCUGUGGGUAGCCCAUCAAGCGCUUCUUCAAAAAGGCGUUUCAUAUUUGCACAUAUCCUACGUUGCCAAAUUGUAGCAUAGAUCUGUAUGUUUUUUAGAUGAAGAUGUUUUGCCUCUGCUCCCAUGCUGUGGUAAGUACCAUAUCUGGUAAGAGAACCAGUACUUAGAAACAAUAGCCUUUCUAAGUGAUAUAACAAAGCAAUUCCUCCAUAACACAAAAAUGAUCAGAAUCCAAACAGAGGGAGUCCAAAAUUGGGGGAGAAAAAUAGCAAUUGGUGCAAAAUGGCUCCAAACCACUGCUGUCCUGCCAGCAAAGAUCAUAAUGCAGAAGGAGUGGUUUUUGCUGUUAGUGUGUAAUGAGCUGGGUCAGUUUGGAAAAAAAUAAAAUAAGACCUUUUUAUAUCCCUUUAGAUGUGAGCUUCCAGUAGGCAAUGAUUAUGUGUCCUUUUAGGAUGGCUGUAAUGGAACUUCAAUCACUGUAGUAUAAGAUCUGAUCUAUAAAUGACCUAGACUAGCCAUGUAAUGUGAUGAUUCUAAAUUUGUACCUAUGUGACAGACAUUUUCAAUAAUGUGAAACUACUGAUCUGAUGCAACUACUGUAAAAUGUGUACAGUAGGAAGAAAGUGGUAAAAACUAUACUGAACAAAGGAGAGCGAGCUAUUAGACGAGCCCUCCCUGGGCACCCCCUUGAUCUCUUUAUGUACUGUUGUAGUUUUUAAACUCGCUGUAUGACAAUUUCCUGUGAUGUCCCGACCCCCCCCUUUAAAAGCAAAAGCAAAACAUGCAGUACAUGCAGCCUCAAUGAGCAAAAUAAAGGGAAUUGAAUGUUUCAA